AGUAAAUUUUCAAUCCGGCGGAAAAUCAUUUAGGAAAAAGUACUCGUUGAAGAACGAUCGAUUAACUUACUUUAAGAAUCGUAAAGAUAUUCCGAGUUUUAAGGAUGGCUCUAAAUAAGCUUAGCAUUGAAAAUGUCGAUUUGAAAGGGAAACGAGUCUUCAUGCGCGUUGAUUUCAACGUUCCUAUCAAGGAGGGUAAAAUCACCAGUAAUCAGCGUAUUGUAGCCGCUUUGGAUAGUAUUAAAUAUGCUCUGGAUAAGGGCGCAAAGUCGGUUGUUCUUGCUUCGCAUUUGGGUCGCCCCGAUGGUAACAAAAACGUCAAGUAUACGUUGGCACCGGUUGCUGAUGAGCUUAAAAAAUUAUUGGGGCGAGAUGUUACCUUCCUAAAUGAUUGUGUGGGAGCGGAUGUUGAGUCUGCUUGCAAGGAUCCAGCAUCCGGAUCGGUUAUUCUACUGGAAAAUGUUCGUUUCUAUCUUGAGGAAGAAGGAAAAGGCGUUGAUGCAUCCGGAAAUAAGGUCAAAGCCGAUAAGGAUAAGGUCAAAACUUUCCGCGAAAGCCUGUCCAAAUUGGGUGAUGUCUACAUUAACGAUGCCUUCGGAACCGCUCAUCGGGCUCACAGCUCUAUGAUGGGCGAGGGCUACGCACAGCGUGCUGCCGGUCUGCUUUUGAUCAAGGAACUGCGCUACUUCUCGCAAGCACUUGAUAAUCCGCCACGACCAUUCCUUGCCAUCUUGGGCGGCGCGAAAGUUGCCGAUAAAAUACAGCUUAUCGAGAAUCUGCUGGACAAGGUCAACGAAAUGAUAAUUGGCGGUGGCAUGGCAUUUACCUUUUUGAAGGUAUUAAAUAAUAUGGAAAUUGGCGGUUCGUUGUUUGAUGAGGAGGGUUCGAAGAUUGUGCAGAAGCUGGUCGACAAAGCAAAGAAAAAUAACGUUCAGUUGCAUUUGCCUGUGGAUUUUGUAACUGGUGAUAAAUUUGCUGAAAAUGCCGCCGUUGGCGCGGCAACGGUUGAGAGUGGAAUUCCAGCAGGACACAUGGGUCUGGAUGUGGGACCGAAGUCGCGCGAAGCUUUCGCCGCACCGAUUGCGCGCGCAAAAAUCAUUGUCUGGAACGGUCCCCCCGGUGUGUUUGAGUUUCCAAAUUUUGCCAAUGGAACCAAAUCUUUAAUGGACGCUGUUGUUGCUACUACCAAAGCGGGAGCCGUCAGCAUUAUCGGGGGUGGUGACACCGCAUCGUGCUGUGCCAAAUGGGGCACAGAAUCUCAGGUAUCCCAUGUCUCAACCGGUGGUGGCGCUUCGCUGGAGCUUUUGGAGGGCAAAGUUCUACCAGGUGUUGAUGCUCUGAGCAGUGCCUAAAUGUUGGCAACAAAUUUCACCAGCAAGAAUGCUGAAAGUCAUGACCAGUAGCUACUUCCGUGGCCUGGGUUAAGUUUAUUAUUAUUGUUUAAGUGAUAUUCGAGAAACGUCAAAUAAUUGUCAAAAUCGUACUAAUGUUAAUUACAGUCAAGGAAGAAUAAAGUAUAAAAUUUCCAUGUGAA